AUGCUGGUGAUCCGGAUCCUGCCGCUGGCUUUCUGGCUCUGGGUGCCUGCCACAGCGACGACAACGACAGAGGAGGGGGCUGCCGAAGGGCUGGACACCCAGGCCAUGACCCCUGCCUUUGGGGGUGCUAAAGGGGUCACCCUGGACCUGCAGCACCCGUACAACCGUGACGACGACCCACUCUGCACCUACAACAGCAAUGACUGCUAUAACUUUUCCUCCUCCACAGAGCAGUGCCAGAACGGGACCAUCUGGAAUGGAGAAGAGUGUUUUUGUGCCCCAGGCUUCGUUUGUUAUCAGUGCCAGUCUCCUGUGGACUCCUUCUCUCUAGAAAUCCCGGAAAAAAUCAACGCCACUGUGGGUGUGAUAAUGAGAGUGACUAACAGGAAUUUCACAGCAGACCUGAAUAACAUAUCCUCGCAGGCUUACCGGAAUUUCACUGAACAAUUCAAGAAACAGAUGGAUGAAGCUUACAAGGGUGAAGACUUUGUCCAGUACGGAGGCUUGAUCAUUAGGAGACUGCUCAAUGGCAGCAUCGUGGUGGAAUAUGACAUCAUCCUGGAGGCAGACUACACAUCAGAGUUUGAGGAGCUGUUUGCAAACCUCACUAAGAUUAUAAAGGCCAAGGCUAUAAAUGAGACCGAAAGGCUACCCCAGGAGUCUGAGGACUGCCAAACCUUCUCAACAAUGUGCUUCAGCCAGGAGGCCACCACUGUGAGCGAGAUGGUGAAGCUGGGUUUUGACUUGCAGGAGCAAUGCAUUCAGAAGGCUGCGAAGGACUUAGCCCCAUUCUACUAUGUGGAUGAGCUGGACGGGAAGCCGGCCUGUGUGACCAAGUGCACCCCGGGGACAAAGUCACAACUGGAUUGUCACCAGGGCAAGUGCCAGCUGGAGCAAAGUGGUCCCCGCUGCGUAUGCCCGACCUCGGACACGCACUGGUACCUGGGAGAGACCUGUGACUACACCAUCAGCAAGAGCCUGGUGUACUGGAUUGUGGGGGCCGUGGUGGUGGUGCUGCUGGUCCUGGUGGUUGCCCUGUCCAUCUUCCUCAGCCGAGCCCAGAGAAAACUGGACAGGAGGCAAGAGUACAAUCUGUCUCGAGAGUGGCAAGGAGAAGGCAUCCCUGGCGGUUUCCAGAACACACGCAUCUGGGAAGAUCAGAAUCUGAAGGACAAAUUCGGCCUUGAAAAUGCCUAUAGCCACUUCCGGCCCUCCCUGGGGAAUGUUAACCCCAACACAGAGGUGACUCAGGGGCCCACCCCCAGCUAGGAGCUGCUCCCUUCCCCUCACCCC